AUGUCCUCCAAAACGAUCACAAUAAUCGGCUCUCUCAAUGUCGAUCUCGUUACCGUCACGCCUCGCGUUCCUUCCGGCGGUGAGACUCUAACGGCAUCUUCAUUCUCAACAGGACCAGGCGGCAAAGGUGCAAACCAAGCCGUAGCCUGCGCACGACUCUCUCGUUCAAGGCCGACAUCCACCUCGCCGCCAACCUCAAACAUUGCAAUCAAGAUGUUAGGCGCCGCUGGAGCCGAUGAAUUUGGCCCUCCUCUCCUCGCGGGCAUGGCAGCCGACGGCAUCGACAUCUCCAGCGUGAGCGUAGUGAAGGGUCAAACCACCGGCGUAGCUGUAAUUCUAGUUGAAGAAAGCAGCGGGGAAAACAGAAUCCUACUCAACCCAGGAGCAAACCACACUCUCCAACCCGAAGAUUUCACAUCUGCCGCCUCAUUAGGAACCCCAACUCCAGAUCUCAUAAUCAUGCAGCUUGAAAUCCCAAUCCCAACCGUCCUCCAAAUCCUAAAAACAGCAAAAGAAGCAAAAGUCCAAGUUCUACUAAACCCAGCUCCCGCGGUAAAGCUACCCGAAGAGGUAUAUCCAGGCAUAACCCACCUCAUCGUCAACGAAACCGAAGCCGCCCUCCUCACAAACCGAUCCGUUGAGGAAGUCGAAGCGCCGGAUUACGACUGGUCCACCAUCAUCAACGAGUUCCUUUGCAAAGGGGUUACUAAUGUGAUCAUCACACUAGGAUCUAAGGGUGCUGUUUUCGCUCAUUCUGGGAUGGACAAACCGGGAUUCGUGCCAGCCGAGAAGGUUGCGAAGGUAGUAGACACUACAGCGGCGGGGGAUACGUUUGUCGGCGCUUAUGCUGUCAACGUGGUUAGAAAAGGAGGGAAUGGCGUAGUAGGAGAGGAAGAUAUCAAGUUGGCAUGUAAAGCUGCGGGGAGGACGGUAGAAAAACAAGGGGCACAGAGUGCAAUUCCUUGGGCUGAUGAGAUUUGA